UGAAACAACAUCCUUUGUUGCUUCUUUGCCACUCUCACUCUGCAACAACAACAUCAACACGGGUACGAACCAAGCAACUUCCUCCCAUUAAUCACAUCCAUAAUCUUUCAACGAUCUCAUUGUCUCCUUAUAUUAAACAAAACCAACACCAUCCCUUAAUGUUUCAGAACCUCACUGUGUGUGUGUAACUAGUUUAGCUAGCUAGCUACCAUUCUCCUCACAAAGUCAAUGCAACCAUUGUUCUACAACCCCCAUGUGGAUCUGAGUCUCUUGCAGCGAAUUCCCAUGGUUGAAGCUUCUAAAAACGUUCCUGGGUCUUUGCUGGUUCACCAAAAGAGCAACAUUUUCUGAGUGCUUUGUGUGUAUUUGUUGUUUUUUUUUUCAUCUGGGUCUUGUUUCAAUGGGUUGUGAGACUGGUCCUGAGCUGAAAGAGAAACAAGGCAGGACAAGCAAGCAAGUUUUCUUUUUGUCUGAUGUAGACAAACUGUGAGAUCUAAGAAGACAAAACCAUUUAGUUGAUGAAAUUCCUGGCAGAAUAUCCCCCAGGACUCAGUCAUGUAUAAACCAUUUGUAACAUGUGAUGAUCCAAAAGGAGUUGUUGAGUGUGGAAGCAUAAGGAAAUACAGGAGUAGUUCUCAUAGUUCUCACAAAAUGAAGGACAAGACUAAAAGCCGGAGGACGGUCGAAAACUUAGAGACAACAUCAUUGUCAAACAAAGCAGGCAGAGAAGGGAAGGUCUCAAAAGGAUCCGCAGAAAGAUCUUUUGAUCCAUCAUCCUUGCAGCUGGUGGAGGUAUCAAGAGGGGCUCAAAGGUUGGAAAACAUGAUUGAAUCAUGGUCUGGGAGUCUGAGAUAUGAGGGAAACUCUGAAGAUAUGGCGAAAGAUUUGUUGAAAGGGGCUCUUGACCUGCAAGAAUCGCUAGCAAUGCUUCGGAAGGUGCAAGAGGCUUCGCAAAUGGCGCGCUUGAAGAGAAAGCAAAAUGAGAAAUAUGAAAGAAGUAGAGUUGAUUCAAAGGUGAUUGAUAGAGCAACACAUUCUAAUCAAUUUGGUGAACAAAGUUAUACAAUGGGAGGAUGUCAAAGGCCUUCUUGGUCUUCAGCUGAUGCUUCUUCAAGUAAUUGCACAGAGGAUCUUAAGAAAGUUAUUAGGGAGAGUCUGGUUAAGCAAAAUCUAGUGCCAAACAAAACCACUGGAGGGUUCGAUUCAGCAUCAGCAUCAGCAUUCCCUUCUACGAACUCAAGCCAAUCUUCUGGAGUUUGGUAUGACAGGCUUUCUGAUUCUUCUCCGUCGCCAACAACUACAACUAAGGAAAGAGGAUCCAAUCUGGUUGCGAAGCUGAUGGGUUUAGAAGAAGUUCCUUCAAGACCAUUCCAAGCUGGGAAGAAACAGUUGGAGAGUCAAAAGAUACUAAAUCAAAAGAGACCUAUAUUUGAGAUAGAUACACCCAAGGUGAGAAAGAAUAGUCCAAUAUUCGAGACGUUUAAUCCCGAACCACAGAUGACACUGAGGGAAGUUCUUGAGACUACUAAUUUCAAUGGACUUUUGAAGAAUAGUCCUGUCAGAGAACACAAGCUCCAUGUCCAUAAUUCCAGUUAUCCCUGUUACAACCAGUUUGAUGAUUUACCACCCAUUGUACUCAUGAAACCUCGAUAUCGGGAAUUUGCAAAAACUUAUGAGGCAGUUCCUUCAGAAGAGUUGCCCCUUAGAAAUCUAAAAGCAAAUGCAGUCCCUUUCCCUUCCAGAACUUUCAAACACAGAGAAGUUUCAACCACCAAGAUGGAAAAGGAAAUGGAAGAACGUGUAUUCAAAAGGCUUACCAAAGAGGAAAGACCUAACCGCCCCAAAGAGGUUGUGGAAGUGGAUGUGAAAGAAAUCAAACCUGUUGAAAAUGAGAAGGGCCCAGGAGGAGGUAAGGUAAAACUGAAUAGUCAUGCUGGUCACAAAUCACAGGCAAGUGAAACAGUUGAUAGGAAAGCUAGUGUGAAGACCAUUACUGUUAUCAGAAAGCUACCAGAAAAGGAGGUUUCAAAGCCUAAAAUUGUGGUAAAAGCUCAAGAACAAGGAGUAAUCAGCUCAACAGGUGCAAAAUUGAGAAAGCCACAAAGUGGGUCCAGAAUUGACAAGAAUGAGAUUCCCAGCAGAAAGAGCACUGCAUCAAAUUUAAAUACCAUCUCAAAACCAAAGAAUAAAAAAGUUUAUAAUUCCAAGGAACAGAGAAAAAGUCAGAUGAAGAAGCAAAGGUCUAUUGCUGAGCCUGAGGCAGCUAAACCAAUUGAUGUUGUACAAUUAGGACAAGAAGAAGGGAAGAGCAUUGAUGUUUCUUGUGAAGAUGAUUACACUGAUAUUAGGGUAAUCACUACAAUAACAGAUGAUGUCGCCAAGGAGCGUGAAAUAGAUGACAAUGCAAAUAAGAUUAUAGAAAAUUGUGAGCAGAGCCAGAGUUCUUCAGCUGAUGAUUUUUUUAUGCUGAAGUGCGAACAUGAAAAUGAUGCUAACCCUGCUGAGGAAGCUCAUGGCACCGCCCAUAUCAAUGAAACUGAUCGCAAGCCCGAAGAAGACUUUUCUGAGCUGAAAUAUUUGCUUCUAACUAGUCAAUCAUUUAUUAGCCAUGCAGAGGAGCUCCUCUAUCUUGAUGCUGAUUGUCCUAAGAUCCUGCCAAAAAAUGAUACCAAUGCAACAGCCAAUUCGAGACUCUAUUUGGAUUGUGCAAACGAACUCACUGAGCGCAAGAGCCUUCAAGAGUCACAAGUAGCUCACCCUCUAUUGCUAACUUGUGCAGGGAAUAAUUCAAGAUUACACAUCUCUUUAGGCAGGUUAGUUGAGGAAAUCCAUAAUGCUAUUGAGAAUCUGACAUCUUAUUGUGAAAAUCCGGGGAAGAAACUUCUUUUGGACUGUGUGUAUACAAUGAUGGAGAGAGAUAUGACGUGCGGCAAUGGAGUCAUAAAUGGAAUAUGGAGCUGGGGUUGGAGGCAUGGAUUUUCUGCAGAUGAAGCUGAGCAAGUUGUCAGUGAAGUAGGAAACUUAGUUUUAAGUGGAUUAAUUGAGGAGGUAAUUGCAAAUUUAUGAUUACUUUCUUGAGAUAUUUGGAUUUACAGGGUUUAGAUAUCAGCAUCUCUUCACCUUGUAUAUAAGGAGUGAAUGAAUUGAUACAGGAUAUAAGAGUUGAAUCAGUUAGCUGCAGAAGUUGCAUAGUUUUGCUGUUAAAAGUUUUCUUGUUCUAGAAUAGUAUAAUACUCAUACAUUUGGUUUAUCAUUCUUGUACCUUGCAUUCCAAUUUCAAGCAAUUGAAAACGUGCACAAGAGGGGUAUCAUGGGUAA